UGAUCUUUACGGGUCUAGAGCCUCCAAAUUUUCAGCCUAUAUAGGCCCACAACUGAGAAAGGGGAAAAACACUAAACAACCCCUUAUUUACGUCUUAACUAAGAAACCCGAACCAAAGCCAAUUUUUUCCAAAUCAAACCCCCAUUUGUCUCUGAUCCCAAAAACCCACCAGCUGCAUAUUCUUCUCAAAAAAAAACCCAAAAUUCUUUUCCCAUCAUCUUAAAAAAAUCUGAGAAUUUCCAUCGAUGAAUACAUCUCAGUUCAUGGACAAGCAAAUAAUGGACUUAACAUCAUCAUCAUCUUCUUCACCUCCCCAAAACACCAACAAAGAUUUCAUCGAUCUGAUGAAUCACCCACAAGACGAAGACAAUCACAAUCAAAGCUCUGGGUUUGGCUCCGCUAAUAACGGGAUUAAUAACAAGGAAGAGAUCUUUCCCAGCUAUGAUUUCCAAGCGAUCCGACCCGUUUCAACCAGCCUUGACGCCGCUGGAGUUAAUAAUAAUAAUCUCCGGUCGUGGAGUUCGAUUGAUUCUAAAUCUAAGAAUUAUGGUUCUCUUGACUCCAUUGAACCUGCAAAAGUCAUUCUAGAAAAGGACCGAAAUGCCUUUGACUCGUCGAUAGUGGUUGAGAUUGAUCGAACCAUAAAGAAUUAUACUGAUAAUUUGAUGCACAUGUUAGAAAGUGUUAGUGCCCGACUGACACAGCUGGAGAGUAGAACCCGUCACCUUGAGACUUCUGUGGAUGAUUUGAAGGUGUCUGUCGGAAGCAAUCAUGGAAGUGCUGAUGGAAAAAUGAGACAGCUGGAAAAUAUUUUAAAAGAGGUGCAAACAGGGGUGCAUGUUUUAAUAGAAAAGCAGGAGAUAAUGGAAGCUCAGUUACAGCUUGCAAAGCUGCAGGUGACCAAGGGAGACAAGCCAUCGGAAACCCAGAACUCCACCCAGAUGGAUUCUGUGCAGCAAGCUGCAGCUGCUCCUUUUCAAUCUCACCAACAGCUUCCUCCUGCUCCCUCUUUUCCACAAUCACUUCCUUCUGUUCCCCCUCCUCUUCCUCCUACUGUUCCUCCUCCAGCUCUACCCCAACAGAACCUGCCACCUCCAGUCCAGUCUUCAAGUCAGUUCCUACAGAACCAAGUUCCUUCUGUCCCUCAGCAAGAUGCUUACUAUCCACCACCUGGCCAAACUCAAGAGACUUCAAGUCAGCAAUUCCCAAUGCCUCCUACUCAGCAACCACUGCUUCCUCCUGCAGCAGCACCUCAUCAACCAUAUCAACCAGUCCCUCAACCACAGUUUUCUCAACCACCGCAGCCCCAUCAACUCCAACCUUCUUUAGGCCACCAUCCUGAAGAGGCACCUUAUGUUCCUUCUCAGGCCUAUCCACCAAACCUGCGCCAGCCACCCUCUCAACCACCCAGUGGUCCUCCUUCUUCCCAACAGUAUUAUGGGGCUCCACCCCAAAUGCAUGAGCCACCAUCCACCAGGCCUGGGCCAGGGUUUUCUACUGGAUAUAUCCCGCAAUCUGGGCCAAGUGAACCAUAUGCUUAUGGUGGAUCACUUUCACAAUAUAGUAGUGGCUCCCCUAUGAAAAUGCAGCAGCUCUCAUCUUCUCCUAUGGGGCAAAGUGCUGGAAGUGGUUAUCCUCAGCUUCCAACUGCUAGGAUGUUACAACAUGCAUUGCCCACUGCCUCUGGGGUUGGUGCUGGAUCAGGUCCUUCUGGACCUGGAAACAGGGUUCCCGUUGAUGAUGUGGUUGACAAAGUGACCAGCAUGGGAUUUCCUAGAGAUCAUGUCAGGGCAACUGUUAGAAAGUUGACAGAGAAUGGCCAGUCUGUGGACCUCAAUAUGGUGUUGGAUAAGCUAAUGAAUGAUAGCGAAGUACAGCCACCGAGAGGCUGGUUUGGCCGGUUUUCCUUUCAAAGUGCUCGUCAAUUAUUUCAAGGGGAUCCAAUGGAGCUGAAAGCUUCAUCACCUAAUCUUGGUGGUCUUUCUCCUCCUGAUUGCGUUAGUGAUCCUGAGGAGAAGGAAGUCAGUGAUGAGGACGAUGAUGAUCGCAACCAUAAGCAUCGUAGGCGGGAGACAUGCUCUCAAUCAUUAGAGAGAGAUUCUAUGGAUCCAGUUUUUACAAGGCCUUGCAGAAAGCGCAAUAAACCGUUUGAAAAUGGGCAUCCUUUCCGAGAAAAUGAAUCUCAAGCAGAUGAAACCUGGAAAAAUUAUAACAGUUUGCCUCUAGAAAAAGACUUGACAUCUAAGUUUGAUAGAAGACGCCUUGGAUUAGCGUCAUUUCCCCGGGGACAUUUGGAUCUGAACCAGAGAAUUAGGUCCAACCAAACAUUUAGUGGAGAUUCUGGUCCUGGUAGGGGAAGAGGAAGGGACAACUCUUCAUGGAAUCAACGUGAUUCUAGGUUCAACUCAGUUGGUGUUGCUUCUCAAAUGGUUCAGCCAGGAUCUGUUGUUCCAAGUCUCUUUGCAGGAAGGGGAUUGCCAAAUGUUUCAAAUGCACAAAGUCCAUCAUGGAGUGCCUUUGGGCUUAUGGCGGGAAUACCAAAUGGUGGCCUAGAAUCACUCCAUCCUAUUGGUUUACAAGGGGCGCUUAGGCCACCGAUGAAUUCAUUGAAUUUGGGCAUUCCUCACCAACGUUGUAGAGACUUUGAGGAGCGUGGAUUUUGUCUAAGAGGAGACAUGUGCCCUAUGGAGCAUGGUGUCAAUCGUAUUGUUGUUGAAGAUGUUCAGAGUUUGUCACAGUUUAACCUUCCUGUUACUGUUCCAAGUGCACUACUGGCAACACCUGCUGCACCUGGAUCAUUACCUUCAGGUGUUCCUCCUUCAACCAAUUUGCUGAACAACAAGGGUAUACAUAGCAAAAGUAGCAAGCCUGGAAUGACUGAUGAUGCCUUAGGUUUGAAUGGUGCGUAUACUGGUUCUACUAGUGCAAGUGGUGCUGAUUUAUAUGAUCCUGAUCAACCCUUGUGGAAUAACAAUGGUCCUGAAGCAUCAGCUGCAAUCUCAGGACUGCAUUCACCCAAGAUUGAUGAAACGAAAACCUUGCUAAACGAUGAUCUAUCUGAUCGUCAUCAUGGCAGGUUGUGUGAUAGUGCUGAUAAUGAAUUGCCAAUUAGAAGCACGGGGUUACAGAGCACAAGUUUGUCUGUUUGGGGUAGAAUUGGUAGCUCAAGAAGUAAAAUAGACACAAAAGAGAAAAUUGAUCUCACACCCUCAGACUAUCUUGAGAAUGAAGCCAAGGAAGAACAAGAAGCAUUUCCCAGCUCUCAAGGCACUUCUUGUCAGGUAAAGCGGACCGGCAUUAAGGAUGAUGGCUCCAAAGUUAUGGAUUCAUCAUUCAAGUCAGAAACUGAUGGUAUGUGUAAUAGCAGAAAACCGAAUCAAAAGGCACUUCGUACACUGUUUGUCAAUGGGAUUCCCCAGAAAAGCAACAAAAGAGAGGCUCUUCUUUCUCAUUUUCAUAAGUUUGGAGAGGUUAUUGACAUUUAUAUUCCAUUAAAUAGUGAACGGGCCUUCGUCCAGUUUUCAAGGAGGGAAGAGGCUGAAGCUGCUCUGAAGGCACCUGAUGCUGUAAUGGGUAACCGCUUUAUUAAGCUCUGGUGGGCUAAUCGGGAUAGCAUUCCUGAUGAUGGCAUAAACAGUGGCAAUGGUGUAUCUGUAACUCAACGAGGUCUAACUGCUUCUCUUGUUCCAGCUCAGCCUGCCUCUAACAAAGGAAAGGAUAGUCUUCAAUCUAAGAGCAAUGUUGUCCAUGGUGCUGAUGUGCCUUCUCUGUCCCCUAAGCCUGUUAGCAUGAAUGGUCCCAAGAUUCCACCUCCAUUGCAAAAAAAGCUAGAGACACUGGAGCAGAUGAAAGAGGAACUACGCAAGAAGCAGGAAAUGCUGGAACAGAAGCGGAAUGACUUCCGGCGCCAGUUGGACAAACUUGAGAAACAAUCUAGUGGUCCCAAGGGUGAUCUACUGACUGAGCAAGCUUCUAAGAGGCAAAAGGUGGGAACCAUAGCUGAUCCUGCAAAAGUGUCAACACCAAGUUCCUCUGAACCCGGUGCUUCUGGAGCAACACUGUGCACUAUAGGGAUGACAGAUAAGAGCAAAUCAAUGGAGAAUGCUGUGUCUCACAGUCCAAAGUCAAAUACCCCCAUACCGUUGCAGGAAUCUAUGAGCUCAAAGCAGCAGUCUCAUCCUUCAGCGCCUGUAGGGCAUCCAUUCCCGACAAAUAAAUACAAUUUGGACAACCGACCUACUGCUUUUAGAGUUACCCCACCAUUGCCUUCUGGUUUUGCAGAUGUUGAUAUUUUGAAGGAGCACUUCCUACAAUACGGUGAUCUAUUUUCUGUGGAGCUAGAAGAUGUGCAAAACGAUGAUGAUAUGGGAUCAGGGGCAUUGAAGAAUUGCUCAGUCAUUAUAACUUACAUCACGCGUCGCUCAGCAGAGAGGGCAUAUGUAAAUGGUAAAUGCUGGAAAAGCUAUAAUUUGCAGUUUACAUGGCUGACAUCUAGCAAUUCUAACAGUGACCCUAGUAGCAAAGAAACUUCAUCUUCCACACCAAAGGGGCCUUUAGAAGCUGAUGUCCAGGCGACAGAAGAAAAAUUAGCAUGUAGCGUCUCUCAGGAAAUUGGUUCUUCAAGCAAUGGGGAAUCUUCAGAAAGAGAGAGUUUUGUCGACCGUGUGGAAUUGCCUGAAGUUUCAGAGCAUAGUCCAUCCCCAACGUCUAGUGUGAAAGAAUCACCUAAAGGCGGCACAUGUUGAGGAUGGGGCCUGUUCUUGGAUUUGUACAGUGAGGUAAAAUGUUUCAAUCUAAUUUUCAGGAGUCCUGCAUUUUCAGUUACUGAAAUUUCAUUUUCCGGUAUAUCUUAUUUCAUGCAUUGGAUAUGUAAAAAAAAAUGGAUUUUUUUUUUGUUUUUAUCUUUUAAUUGCCACCAAAAGGAUGACAGCUACUUGAGUGGCAAAUUGUAUCGUCCUUUGAAAUUAGUUUUGUAGGACUAAAAGAGGAUUAAAGUAAAGUUUACGUUGAGAUUACUUAAAAUUUUUUAAGAAAAAAUCUUUCGGAACUGAUUCCAAUUUCGGUUUUACCUUAUCUAGCAGAGUUUUUAUUCUUGAAAAUUCACAUGUUAUUCUGCACUGCAACUGAUUAUUACUCUUUCUUACCACAAGGAAGCUCUUUUGUUUUUCUCAUGGUAUGAAUUGAGCAUUCCAUGGGGAAUUAGGCUUCAAGUUGUUAAUUAUUCUUAUUACUGUUAUUAUUAUUAUUUACAAAUUCAAAAAAAAAAUUAUUAUUUACUACAUAGAAUAGAAGAGAAAGGUGCUGAACUAAAAAAUGUACAUUAAUGGAAAAGGAUCGGAAACGCUGAAAAUAUUUCCAUGAUU